UAUUUGUUCACAUUGAGCGGCGGUCGCGAUUGUCAUAUUAUAAUAAACCCUGUUUAAUUAUUUAAAGCGUAUUCAAUAUAUUAUACAUUUAUAUAUAUUUAUGAAUAUUUUUAUGUGUAUAUCGAUGUCGGCUAUAGUUUUGCUGUAUUUUAUAAUAUUUUUUUUCGCGUUUCGCCGCCAAAAUAAUUAUCGACGAUAACAUGACGAUGCGAGUGCCAUUUAACCACAACAUUAAAAAUAUACAAUAAUAUAAUAGUUAUCAUACUCACCGUUUCAAGUGUAAUAAUUUAUUGUGUACAGCAGCUGCGCGCACGAUGAUCCUUCACGACGGAAUGAUGCUCGACGAUGGGUCAUCGUACCAGAAAAAGAUGUUCGACAGGGCGGCCGUGCUCUUACAGAAGUUCCSGUUCCGGUUUCUCAACAGAGUUUCCAGAGAGAACACCGAGUGGUCCGGCAAUCCGCGCAAAAUGGCCUUUUAUUACUCAAAACGUUUUCCAAACAUGUGUGUGAGCUCGUCGUUCUACGAUGACAUAAUGAACAUUGCCGAAAUACACGUGAACUAUUAUCAAUCCCGUUGGUUUGAUUUUGGUGAUCUAUAUUCAGAGCCAUCUUUCAACGAAUCUUCUGUUCCAUGGACUAAUCGUCCAAUAUUACAACCAAUACAUACGCAAAAUACAUUUGUUCAUAGUGUCAAUUACAACAACUACAAUAACAAUCAGAGGGAUUUAACGAAUAGUCAUACACUUAAAGUUCAAUUACCCAAUAAACUAGUCACCAUUCUAGUACCAACACCUAGUUCGGUUGAAUCAUUUUCAGCAUCUAGUUCACCAUUAGAUUUUGAAGAGCCUAUUACACCUAUUAAAGUAAUGUCUGAAAAUAAUGAUGAUUUUAAAAAGUCGCCUGAAGAAAAUAAUAAUAAAAUACAAGUCAUAGAGAAUGAUGAUACUAAAAGCAGCAGUAUCGACUCAGAUAGUUCUAGGUCUGGUACUCCUAUUGAUGAAAAAACUGUAUCAUAUGCUSAAGUCAUUAAAUAUUCCAAACCAACAAAACCAAAACAAUCUGAAAAGUCUGAUUUUAAUAUUAUUGAAGAAUCUAGAAAAGAAUCUAUUAAAUCUAAUAGAAUUCCACCAUCUAAAAAAAUAUCAAUUAAGCUACCUGAUGCUCCAUUUCUACCAAAUAACCAACAUUGUGCAUUUUGUAAAAACAAUGGUGAAGAAGAAUCAGUUUAUAGAACACAUUUUGUUAAAGAUGAACUAGGAAACGUGAAGUGUCCAUUUUUAUCGAGGUACACGUGUCCACAUUGUAAAGCAACUGGGACUAAAGCUCAUACUAUUAGUAGAUGUCCAUUAAGUAAUAAAAAUAGAAUUAAUAAAUUUAAUAAACAACAGUGA